AUGGAUGAUAAUUACAAGGUAGACGUCGAAGAAUUAAAGAUUGCUCAUAAUCGGUUAACCGUAGUGCUUCGCGAACGUCAAAAACGCCGAAAACUUCAAUUAGCCUCGGUAGAAGAAUUCAAAGACCCGUUCCCAAUUCAGAAACGCGACAAAAAGUCAAAGAGAUCAGUAGCACAAAAACCAAGGGCACAAAAUAUUUCUAUUGAUAACAAAAAUGCUUCGUCGGGAAGCAAAAAUGCCAACAAAUAUCAAAAGAGAAUUGCAGAUAAUUUCGAAUUUAAAGUUCCUUACCCCAAAAAAACUCUUACAAUGAAUAUAUUAGAUGAGAAGCAAAAAUAUCAAAUUAAUGAAUAUCAUAAUUUAUAUCAGGAUGGAGAAAAAACAAUCCGUAAUGAUUAUUGUCAGCAUUUUGUGGACUCGGGUCGACGACCCCAAAAUUUCAUCCGUGAUACCGAAUUGUCUCAACGAUUCGACGAAUAUCCAAAACUCAAAGAACUCACAAAAAAGAAGAACGCAUUGGUGGCAGAAAGAGCCACCCCUCCAACAUAUUUAAAGGCUGAUCUUAGAACAUUAGACUUGAAAUCUCUUGGAACGAAAUUCGAUGUCAUCUUAAUCGAUCCACCAUUACAAGAGUAUUGUAGAAGGUCUCCGUUGGUAGCGGGUUCAAAUUCAGAUUAUUGGACCUAUGACGAAAUUAUAUCCUUUUAUGCUGCUGCGACACCUUCAUUCAUAUUCAUUUGGUCUGGAGAUGCUGAUGGUUUAGAUCGUGGGAGACAAUUACUUUUAAAGUGGGGAUAUCGUAGAUGUGAAGAUAUUGUUUGGAUAAAAACGAAUAAGAAAUGGAAGGGAAGUCAUUUCAUUGAGCCAAGAUCAGUCUUUCAACGUACCAAAGAACAUUGUAUCAUGGGUAUCAAAGGAACAGUUAGGCGUAGCACGGACGGCCAUUUCAUACAUUGUAAUGUGGACACUGAUGUGAUCAUAUCAGAAGAGCCACAUUAUGGGGUGGGUACAGCUAAACCCGAGGAAUUGUACCACAUCAUAGAACAUUUCUGUCUUGGACGUAGGAGACUCGAAUUAUUUGGCGAGGAUCAUAAUAUUCGUCCAGGAUGGUUAACCGUUGGCUUGGGCCUAUCAAGUUCAAACUUUGACGUGACAACUUAUUCGUCAUAUUUUUCUGAGCCAAAUGGACAUCUCCUUGGUUCAACAAAUGAAAUUGAGGCUUUACGACCGAAGUCGCCUCCGAUUCGCGAUAAUUCAACGGCAAAACUUGGAGCCCAAGGCAAUAUUAUAAAACAAAAAACCAAGAAACCACCACAAACUACUUCAAAUAUCAUGCCGGUUCCUUCAAUGCCUCCUACUUUACCGGCAUUUCCUCAUCGGUGGAUUCCUCCACCUAUGGAUGCAAAAGUGUACGGUACUCCAUCUAUGGAUGGAAAUAUUUACGGAAAAUAA